AUGUCGAACACACAAAUACGAUCUGUAUCCAGCAAUACCCAACCCCAAUGGACGGCACCAGACACAUCAUCAAGACCAAUCGCUGUGUUGGGUGGAGGAGUCUUGGGUCGACGAAUUGCUGCUUCGUGGGUUGCUGCUGGCUACGAAGUCGUUUUGUGCGAUCUUAGCGACGAGCAGAGGAACGCUGCAACACACUACCUCGAACAUCAUAUGAACGAGUUCUCGAAACUCACAGGGAAUUCCAGGAAACGAAGCGAAUUUGCUACCGUCAAAGACAUCAAAGAGGCGGUCAAGGAUGCAUGGUUGGUGGUUGAAGCAUUACCAGAGAAGCUUCCGUUGAAGAUUGAUAUCAUGGGCCAGCUUCAGCAGCAAGCACCGAAAGAUUGUAUUCUAGCUUCCAACUCGUCAUCUUACAAGUCACGAUUUAUGCUCGAUAAGGUGGAUGCGGGCAAUCGGCACAGAGUGUGUAAUAUGCACUACUACAUGCCACCGGGUAACAACGUCGUCGAGCUCAUGACCUGCGGCGAGACACAUGGAGAUAUUCUGCCUUUCUUGCAGAGCAAGCUCAACGAUGCGGGUAUGCAACCGGCUAUUGCGCGCAAGGAAUCGACUGGCUUCAUCUUUAACCGAUUGUGGGCUGCCAUCAAGAGGGAGAGUUUGCUUAUCAUGGCAGAAGGCGUCUCGGAGCCGGAAGAGAUUGACAGAUUGUUCCUGACCAUGUUCAAAAAUAACCCGGUUGGACCUUGCGGAAUGAUGGACGCGGUAGGGUUGGACACAGUUGCAUUCAUCGAAAACAACUAUGUUCAAGAGCGUGGAGGCGAUCCCACAGCGCGCGACUGGGUUCAAAAGAACUUCGUCGAAAAGGGCAAGCUAGGUGCGAAGUCUGGAAAGGGUGGUUUGUACCCAGCAGGCGAGACUACCCGCAGCUCCAAGGAUGAGAGUGGCCAUCACGACAACCUCGCAGCACCUAGACUGUACUUCUUAGACAUCGGCAUUGGAGGCAAUGUCACUGAUCUGCAAAAGGUCGUCACAUCAGGCAAGAUCAUGACAGCUUCAGCAGACGGUAGUAACGUGCGCGAGAUCGUUGGCGGUCAAGCUAUGCCGGAUGGUAUCGAUGUAUCCAUCUCUGCCGGCCGUAUCUUCUGGACGAACAUGGGUGCCUCUCCAUCCAAGAACAACGGCAGUGUCAUGUCCGCGAACCUCGACGGCUCUGAUGUUCGACCUGUCAUUCCGGAAGGUCAGAUACACACACCCAAGCAGCUCAAGAUCGAUCACGACAACAAGAAGUUGUACAUCUGUGACCGUGAGGGUCUCCGAGUCCACCGAUGUGACUUUGACGGCAGCAAUCACGAAAUUAUCGUGCAGACAGGCGAUGCCAACUCGGCGGCCGGCGAGGAUCAGACAAAGUGGUGUGUUGGUAUUGCCAUCGACCCUCAGGCAGGAAAAUUCUACUGGUCGCAGAAGGGUCCGUCGAAGGGUGGCAAAGGCCGCAUCUUCCGCGCAAACAUGCAGAUGCCAAAUGGCGAGACAGCAUCCUCCCGUUCAGACAUCGAAUUGCUUCUUGAUAGCCUUCCUGAGCCUAUUGACCUGGAGUUCGAGCCUGAAAGCCAAACACUGUACUGGACAGAUCGCGGCGAAUACCCGCUUGGUAACACGUUGAACAAGGCGUAUGUAGGUAGCGAAGCAAGCGCAGAGGCUGGAACGGAGGAGAGAGGUGUCACAACGCUAGCGAGACAUUUCCACGAACCGAUUGGACUGAAGAUCGACGCCGUCAAUCGACAUGUUUAUUUGACGGAUUUGGGUGGUACAGUGUACAGAUUCGAUAUGGACGGAGGUAACAAGAAGAAGGUUUAUGAGACGGACAGCGCGUAUUCUGGCAUCGCACUUGCGCACUUGCACUAG